GGAAAUUCAGAUUAGUCACAAAGUUCCCCCGCCUGCUUCUCUGGGUGCAUAAAACCCAUCAAACUCUCUCCUGGAGGCAGUGUCUGCACUUCAGCUCUGGCCCUGGGACAAGGACACUUCACUCAUCUUCCCCCUGCUCAUCUCCAGGCUCCUGCUCUGCUCCUGGCCCCUUUCCCAGCUUUUGCUCACAGCUCCCCCAGCAUGGAAGAAGAGCCGGGUGUGGAGCCCAGAAACCCAGACCCAGUGGAUCAGGAGAUGGAAGGUGCAGAGGAGGAGUGGAAGGGCUGGCAGGCAGGACAGCUCAGGAACAUCCUGCACUUGGUGUCUGCAGCUGCCCAGUGGAUAUUGCUGCUUCUCUGCCUGAUUUACCUUGGUGUAAACUCCCUGCGAGCAUCCCCGCCUCGGAGCGACAAAGUGCCCUGGACCCACAUCCGCUACACAGGUAAAAGCACUAAAGGAGUAGCUGUGAACCUGACUGCUGAAGUAGGCUCUGUUCAGAUCAGAAAUGGGUCCAUCCUCAUCACCUGUGAUGGUCUCUACCUGGUGUCCUUGAAGUGCAACAACAUCAUUUUCUCUGACCUGGAAGAAGAAGGAUUGUUGAACCUGACACUGUGCAAGGCAGACAACAAGAACUGCAGGGCCCUCUGGGAGCAAACUGUCCAGAACAGUGACAAAGCAGUAAAUCUAACCACAGUUCUCUACUUGUUUGACCAAGACAACCUCACCCUGUGGACCAGCUUCAACGCCAUCAUUGAGGAUCUGUCCUUCAGCCUGGUGUUGCUGAGUCCACUGGUUCACUGUAGAAGAUGACAUUUGGAAUUUGCCUUGUAAAUUAGAGCCCUUUCCUACCCAUCCGUGGACUUGUA